AAAAUUAAGAUGUUUGAACAUAGGAUAGAGGAUAAGGAAAAGGAACAAAAACACGAACAAGUAGAAAUGCUGCUGCUGCGCCAACACUGAACUCGGACAAACUCAAUUUACAAUCUCUCUUUCUUUUUCACUCACUGUGUUGUGAAAAUGGCAGUUGCACUAUCAAGUUGCACUUCCUUAUCCUCUGUGCUCUUCUCCACUGUUAAAUUCCGCUGCUCAUUCGGACAAAGACCCAUCAUUGCCUCUAUUCGCUGCAAUCACUCGCACCGACUCUCCUCCUCUUCCUCCAAAUCCAAUCGCCAAAAGGAAGGUGCAGGCCACAAGAAACAGCACUCUAAAGAUGAAAGGCCUUCAAGAGGGAAUGUGGUGGAACCCCAGCCAACUUCUUCUAAAGCUUUUGGCAUUCUUAGGAAAAAUAAAGAGAUGUUUGAUUCCAAGGAUCAGCAGGUUGAACCAAGUGAUUUACAAGACUCGGCUUUCCUUAAUGCUGUUGUGAAGGUUUACUGCACCCACACUGCCCCGGAUUAUUCACUUCCUUGGCAAAAACAGAGACAAUACACUAGCACUGGAAGUGCAUUUAUGAUUGGAGACAGGAAACUUUUAACGAAUGCACAUUGUGUGGAACAUGAUACCCAGGUCAAAGUAAAGAAAAGAGGGGAUGAUUCAAAAUAUGUGGCUAAGGUUUUGGCUAGAGGUGUUGAUUGUGAUAUAGCUUUGCUUUCGGUAGAAAAUGAUGAGUUUUGGAGAGAUGUGGAGCCUCUCACAUUUGGACGUUUGCCACAUCUUCAGGAUUCUGUAACUGUUGUGGGAUAUCCCCUAGGAGGAGACACAAUUUCAGUGACAAAGGGAGUUGUAUCUCGUAUAGAGGUCACAUCAUAUGCUCAUGGAUCGUCUGAUUUGCUGGGCAUUCAAAUUGAUGCAGCAAUAAAUCCUGGUAAUAGUGGAGGUCCAGCAUUCAAUGACCAAGGGGAGUGCAUUGGAGUAGCAUUUCAGGUCUUCAGAUCUGAAGAGGCUGAGAAUAUUGGAUAUGUGAUUCCUACAACUGUUGUAUCUCAUUUUUUGACCGACUAUGAAAAGAAUGGCAGGUAUACUGGUUUCCCUUGCCUUGGGGUACUUAUACAGAAGCUAGAGAACCCUGCACUACGUGCAUGGUUGAAAGUACAGUCCAAUGAGGGUGUAUUGGUUCGUAGAGUUGAGCCUACUUCUGAUGCAAUUAACGUAUUAAAGGAGGGUGAUGUGAUUAUCAGCUUUGAUGAUGUUCCUGUUGGUAGUGAAGGAACAGUCCCAUUCAGAACAAAUGAGCGAAUAGCCUUCCACUUCCUCAUUAGUCAAAAAUUUUCAGGUGAUACUGCAGAGCUUGGUAUCAUCAGAGCAGGGACAUUUAUGAAAACUAAAAUUGUUUUAAACUCACGAGUUCAUUUGGUUCCCUAUCACAUUGAUGAAGGUCAACCUUCCUAUCUAAUAAUUGCUGGUUUAGUGUUCACACCCCUCUCAGAGCCAUUGAUUGAGGAAGAAUGUGAAGACUCUAUAGGGCUAAAAUUAUUGGCAAGGGCACGUUAUUCUUUAGCAAGGUUUAAAGGGGAGCAAAUUGUAAUUCUUUCUCAGGUCUUGGCAAACGAAGUCAACAUAGGUUAUGAAGACAUGGGCAAUCAACAGGUUGUAAAAUUCAACGGAACUCGAAUCAAAAACAUUCAUCACCUUGCACAUCUCGUUGAUUCAUGCGAGGACAGGUAUCUACGUUUUGAAUUUGAAGAUAGCUAUGUAGCUGUUUUAGACAGAGAAGCUGUUGUUGGUGCUUCAUCCUCCAUACUGAGUGAUUAUGGAAUCCCAUCUGGAAGAUCUUCUGAUCUUUCUAAACCUUAUGUGGAUACAGCAGAAGGUGAUCAACCAGCAAACCAGGAAUUUGGUGAUAGCCCAGUUUCAAAUUUUGAAAUUGGCUCUGAUGGACUACUCUGGGCAUAAGAAACUUGCACCUGAAGAUAUCUGUGAAAUUUCACAUGGCGUCGUUAUUUGAAGCAAGCAAUCUCAAUUUUGGGUUGCAGAAAGUGCUGCAACAGUAUGAGACAACCUUAAUGUUGAACACAUGAAUGCUGUUAUGCUACACUGGGGCAUAUCAGAAGCGACCUGUUAGAGUAGGACUGUAAGAAAGAGAGUUCAUAAUUAUUUCUUGUGUCACUCUUCUUGAAUUGAUGAACCUGAAUGAUCACUUCGGGUUUGACGUCUAAAUUUUUCUCACACAUUCUAUAUUUUUAAGGCAAUAGUGCACAUAGGAGUGACUCGAACACCUCUUUGAUGUAAUCAAUGUAACAUUUUUCAAUACAUUGAUUUUACAUUUGUUCUGAUUGAA